GAGGCGGCGCUCGUGCAGAGGAAGUGGGGAGGAGGAGAAGGAGGAGGAAUGCAGCGGGUUCUCAAGAAACUUUUGCACAUUUGAAACAUGGACUUCUGGCUGAGAGUGUGUGUGCUCCUAGGACUCCAGAUCUCCUGCUACCUCGCAUAUGACGGGUCGGGGUACUGGUCGUACACUGAUGAUGAGGAUGCGAGAUAUACAGGUGUGCCAUGGUGCGCUCCGGUGAAAGUGAAGCACGGUCAUGCGAGCUGCCAAACGCCACGUGGUGAACGCUAUAAGAAUGUGUUGGGAACCCGCUGUAAAAUCCACUGCAAGAGAGGCUACGAGCUUGAAGGCAGCCACGAGAUCCUCUGCAUGGCCAGCAAACAGUGGUCAGGAAAAUUCAUCUGCAGAGAGGUCCGCUGUCCAGCACUGGCCAUGCCAUCAAAUGGUGGAUUUAAAUGUUCAGAUGGUUUCUACUACAACUCCCAUUGCCAGUACUUCUGUUCACCAGGAUACACACAUCGUGGGGACCGUGGGGUCACCUGCCAAAGCAGCAAGGCAUGGAGUGGAGGCCAAAGUGUGUGUCUGGAUCUGGAUCCCCCGGUCAUUAAGUGUCCAAGUGUGAAGGAGAAGACAGCUGAGCCUGGAAAAGUGACUGCAAAAGUGACCUGGGAUACACCAGAGGGCCAAGAUACUGCAGAUGGAAUACUCACAGAUGUAGUACUAAAUGGAAAGCCUCCAGGAACAUACUUUACAGAAGGAAACCAUAAACAGUCGUACACUGUAUUCGACCGCGCUGGAAACAAAGCUACAUGUAAAUUCAGCAUCAGAGUAAAAGUGCGCCGAUGCACACCCCUCUCAGUGCCUGAAAAUGGCUGGAUGAAGUGUGACAGUGCAGGAGAUAAUUAUGGGGCAACGUGUGAUUUUCGCUGUCUGGGAGGCUAUGAGCUGAGAGGCAGUGCUGCCCGAGUUUGCCAGUUCAACAUGGAAUGGUCUGGCCUGGAAACCAGCUGUGCACCUUUGAGCAUCAAUGUUGGAGUGCGAUCUGCUGCUCAACUGCUCGACCAGUUUUAUGAAAAACGUCGUCUGCUUAUAAUCUCCACCCCCACAGCAGCCAACCAUUACUACCGAUUCCAAAUGACUAAUUUACAGCAAGCACAAUGUGGCCUGGACUUAAGACAUGUGACUGUGAUUGAACUAGUGGGAAGGUUUCCGUCUCAAAUCGGACGCAUUAGAUAUCAGCUUAUCACUCCAGGACUGGUCUUACAGCUCAGAAUGCUGCUACAGCUGUCUCAGAAUUCAUUCAAUCUGGUGCUGCUGGACAAACAGGGAGUGGACAAACAGCGCUACACAUACCCGGUCACAGCGGCCGAGAUCUUUACCAUCAUUGACACCAUCCCCCUACGUACUGAAGAGUCUCUUAUGCAGAAAGAAGCAGGUCACAGCUGCUAGACACCCCCCCAAACACACACACACACACACACACACCACAACACAGAGCCAUAAAUGAGGUUUUUUUACAUACAUAUUUGUGAUUUGUAAGGUGCUCUAGUAUUUUUUUUUCUAUAUCUAUUAUUUUGUUAAUAUUUAUAUUAUUCUGGCAUAAUAUAUAGUUUGAUCUCACUCAGUACAAUUCAAACCUGGAUUUAAGAAAUAAAUAUGCUCACUGUAAUGUCUCUAAUGUGUAAUUCCAAUGUGUCAUGUUACUGUAUGCUUGGUGAGUCUCUCUCUUUUUAUUUUUUUUAACUUUUAUUAACAAUAGUAUUACUUUCACAUGUGGUUCCUGAUGCUUAAAUGAUCAUUCUCCAAUGGUAUUAAAAGGUCCAGGAAAACCUAAUUCAAACAGGCAUACUGUACAGUAUAAUGAAAUGCAGUUCAAGACCUCAAAAUCACACAGAGUGCAGAGUUUCCUGAUUUGGCAAAGACACUGUUGUUUUUAAACAUGGUGCACUUUCAUCCUCGGUCAAAAUAAUUGAAUAGAUGGAAAGCUCGCCAGAAAAUUCCUUUUAGUCCCUGGUUUAUUAUUUGAAUGAUGUUAUUAAAUAAAUAAAGUUACAUUCUGAAUGAAA